AUUACAAUGCACACGUGGUUCCAAUGUACAAAAUAUUCUUUCAAGUGCAAGGGGGAAGAUAUACUGUACACUGUAGCGACUGUACAGUUUGUACAUGCUUCAGAAGCUCCGAGUUCCAAUGAGAAGAACUUCGACUUCAUAUGUGCGAUUAUGUUUCACUACCACCUUAUGGAGGUUUGACUUAUCGGCUGCCCCCACUAGAGUGACACAUCUCCCCCCCCCCAGGCGCCACUGGCAGUCGUAAAUAUACAAAUUUAGGAAUUCUGUUUCUCGAGCGGUAGUUGUGCCUUGGAGCUGGUACAACUUUGCAUAGUAUUGCAUUUACAUUCUCACGCAGCAGGAACGAAGAUGCGCGAGGCUUUCCGAAAUGUUGCUCGCUACGUUGGACACACCAAAUUAUUUUCACGACUGUUCAGAAAGAAGGACGGCCACCAGCAACCUUCUACGGCAGUUAUCAACGAUACUUCCAAUAGCCCUUUUCUGGAAUCGCUUCGUGGUCGGGAUCCCAAAGCCAGCGCCGAUAGGCAAAAAAAGAAGACCGAUAAUCAAAAAAGUACAGAUGGGGGUAGUUCUGAUCCGCUGCAUGGACCAGGAUCCCCGUAUCGACGAUUUCGAAGGUCUGACAGAAACCGGGAGGGAAGUGAUUACGGUAAUGGUGGAGACGACGGAGACGACGGUGGCGAUGGUGGAGACUAGACUGUUGUGGAAACGCAGCGCGAUCGUCUCCCUCCCCUUUUCCACGAUAGAGAUUAACUGAUCGCAACUACCACAGAAACAGUCCCUCUCCUGUUUUUUCAAUUGUUGCCUAUAUAAUUUUUGUUUGUUGUAUACUGACCUAAGUGACCUUCAUGUUUUUCAUGUAAUUACUGAUUCACCAUUUUUGUCGUAACGUUCUGUAGAUUUCUGUGUCCCUUUUCCACUGUCUCGCUGUCUGAAGCUUAAAGGGGGCAACCGCUCCGUGCAAGGACAAUAAACUCAAUAUUAUUAAUGAAA